GAACGUUUAAAUACAACAGCGGAAAACUAGCAACUUGAGUUUGAAUUGUUUUUUCUCACAGACUCUAUAUUGAAUAAAAUAAAAUCAACAACAAAAAAAUAAAUGAAAAAUACAAAGUGCAAAAAGUGUUUAUUAAAACAAAACAGACAAAACUUAUAAGAAAAACAAAAACUCACAUAAAACUUCAAUAUCAACAACAGUAAAAGCAAAGAAAUAAACAAAUUAAAAACUACCAAAUUAUAGAAUAAAAUUAUAUAUUUUUUGAAGUAAAACUUGAGUGCUUAACCGUCCUAUAGUUUUAAAUAAGUUGUUUUUUUUUUAAUGAAAUAAAAAUAUUUUGCCAUCAUAUCAAAGAAACACUGCUAAAAUUAAUUUAAAUAAAAGAAAACAAGUGAUAACGGUUAAAACUAUCAUAUUAGUUUUAAACAUUAUUUUUAAAAUAAAUUAUUAAAUAGUAGUUAAACAAAGAAACAAACCCAGAAACCAACAUGCCGUUCAUUUCGAAAGAUUGGCGUUCACCCGGUGAAGCUUGGGUUAAAACUGAAGAAGGUUGGGAAAGAUUAAAAGUUUUGGAAUGCGGUAAACGUAAACGACUUCCCUCCACCAAUGAAGACAACUAUGAAAGUGAUGAUAACAACGAGGAAACUAUACCACCGCACUGCCACAUUACCAUUAGAUGUACACGAGAAAUAGCCGGUUUUAAUGGUCUGGGUGAAGCUGUGCGACGUCUGGAUUUCCGCAGUUCAGUACGGGAUCGUCGACGUUUUCAUUAUAUUUGUGCCUUGUUAAGGCUGCUGGUGGCACAUAAAGGCAUUGCUAAUUUGUCGGGCAGUGCCCAGAAACAAUUGUUACAAAUGGUCGAAGAGGUGGCAUCGCAUGUCAGUGAUAGUCAACAACAUUUGAAUGUUUUACGUGGACUGGCUUUGCAAUUGCAGCAUAUUGUCUAUCAGGAAAAUCAAAAAUGUUGGGGCAAACCAUUGGGUAGUUCGAAUUUAUGGCAGGAACAUGUUGAGACCAUUAAACGUAUACAACAAGUUGCCAGUCAAAUUGAAAUUAGAGAGCCUGGUCCUGAAAUACGUCCAAAACUACAUGAUUUACCCGAAGAAUGUAUUAGAGAAAUAAUAUUGCGCAUUGGUGAUCAUAGAGAUUUAGAGGCCUCUGCCGAUGCCUGGAAAAUCAUGUCAAAACUAGUAAACGAACAACGCAUCUGGCGUGAACUAAUACGUUUUCAUUUCACUCCAAAUCAAAUUGAUUCGAUUCUAGAACUAAACAAACUGAAACACAUGAACGAUGUUAAGGAUGGUAAGAAAUUCUAUCAUCAAUUGAGACGUACCUAUGGACUUAAUGAUGAUUAUCAAUUUGCCGAAAUAUUAUCACUGUGUCGUUAUUGUUGUUGUCUCUUUUGGCCCUCCGACGGUCAUCCUUGUAUUGUCGAUCAAAGUCCUGACUAUAAACAAAGACUUGAAGAGGCCGGCGGUCAACUGGCUUUAACGCAGCCAGUACCACCAGCUCAAUUUUUAAAAUUUUUCUCCUUGUAAAUGUAAUAUUUUUUUGUUUAUUUGUAAGUUAUAGAAAACCCAAAUUAAGAACUCAAAAU